AUGGCUGGUCGACUUGUGCAAAGUUUGGAGGACAGUCAUCGAUUUGAAAUAGACUGUAAUGAUGCUGGUAUUGUGGUUAUUGCUGCAAGAACUAAUAGAAAGUUGAGUGAAUUUGGUGAUAUUUUUGCACCUAAUCAAGAUUUAGAGGAAUUGUUGACGCAAUUUGCUUGCGGGAGUUUGGCACUAACUGCUCACUAUAAUCACUGUACACUAGACGGUUUAGCAGUAAGAGAUUUUGGGGCAAACUUGGCUGCAUUAACACGUGGUGAUUCCCUAAUCGUAGUUCCUUUUGCAGAUAGGACAUUGCUAAGAGCAAGAAACCCACCAAAGAUUAGUUAUCCACAUUUUGAGUAUGGAAAAGUUACAAACAUUGAAAACUUGUUUAGUGUUCGUGGAACAAGUGGUGGCAUUAAUGUAAGACAAAAUGCGGCACAAAACCAAAUCCAGAUUCUUUAUUUGUCUCCACAACAAAUUGCCAGCUUUAAAAUGAAAGCUAUUAAGGAUUGUAAAUUAAAGAAUGUGACAACUUUUCAUGUUGUUGCCGGUAAAAUAUGGAAAGCGAGAACUAUUGCGAUGAAUAUGUCAGAUGAUCAAGUGUCGACAAUGUUGUUUCCUGUGGAUAUUAGGAAAAGAGUUUCUCCAGAACUUUCAUACGGCUUUGCAGGCAAUGCUUUGGUUCCUGGAUUUGCAAGAGCAACUAUGAAGGAGCUCACAGAAUUAGAGGAUGCUUAUCAUAUAAAAAAAGUACAAGAAGGAAUUGAAAGGUUGGAUAACGAGUAUAUUAAGUCAAGCAUAGAUUGGUUAGAAUUGAACAAAGGAGUGCCUCGUAGGGAAGAUAGCUUCUCAUUGGUUUCAGGGUUGAGAUUGGGGCUUGAGGACCAAUAUUUUGCAUGGGGUAAACUAAAAUGUUCAACACCACUUACUGUUAAGCCAGGUCUAGUCAUGCUAUUACCAGCAGCACCAGGUGAUGGAGGUCUUAAUGUCUGUCUGGAUUUAUCAAAAGAUCAAAUGUACAUAUUUCGUAGGAUAAUGCUGGAAUUCUAA